AUGGCGUCUUGGCAUGCUAACAUUGACUUUUCGUGCCUGCCAACAUAUCAUAUCCGCCCAGACUUUCUUGGAGUGUCAAGGGAGGACUCGAAUAGAGCACAAGCGUCGUCACAAGAGGUUGCCCAUCAAUGGGCACGAGUUCAAGAUGCGAAGGCCGUUGUCAAUGAAGUACUCACUGCUCCCAAACGCUACACUGCAAGCGGGCACAGCUAUAGUGUGCAUGGUAGCGGUGACUCUGGAGACGGUUGUGAGGAGGGCCAAUGGACAAGAAACUCUACAUGCAAGCUGAUGAUACACUGUACAGCAUGCCUCGACGCUUACAACUUCGUGUACACAGACUCUAAGGAUACCAGCACAGCAAUGGCGUCGGGAAUGCGUGAGCCGUUCCCCACGGAACCGGGAGACUUUGACCAAGACACUCGCAUCAGCUUCGACAAGAAUGUAGACACCUACGUCCUCGAAGCCGGAGACGGCACGGCAUGGGAGUGGGUGGGAAACAGGCAGAAAUGGGUUCCAGCGAUGAACGAAGAGGAGAUCGAAGCCCAGCGCCAAGCCUAUAAGGUCGAGGGUGUGGACGAGAAUGAGCCGGCAAUGGACCUGAUGGCCAAGAAGCGCAAAGCCCAGCACGACGGUGACAACACUGAUGCAUUGACCACCAACGCCCGGCCUGUCGCCAAGAAGCAGAAGCCGGAAGAGACGCGGAAGGAGCGUCCGAAUACCGCCAUCUACGUGACUUCCUUACCAGACGACGUCGACAUCGAUGAGCUGCAUGACAAGUUCUCUCGUUAUGGAAUCAUAUCGGAGAACCUCGAGACCAACGAGCCGCGCAUCAAGCUCUACUAUGACGAUGACGGCAAAUUCAAGGGCGAGGCUUUGAUCGGUAAAUCUUUGUGUCAACACUGUUUCGCGUACAAGUUCUACUUCCGCCCAGAAUCUGUCAAAAUGGCUAUCGACAUGACUGACGAGUCCGACUUCCGCCUGGGCCAAGCACUUCCCACCGGACCCAUGCGCGUUCACGAAGCCGACGCUAGCUUCAAGUCACAGAAGGAGAAGCCGCUCGCUACCGACGAAGCGAAGAAGAAGGGCACGACCGCUAAUCGCGACCGUGAGAGGGUCAUCAAGAAGACCGAAGCCAUGAACAGCCGUCUCGCUGACUGGGACGACGACGACCCGCAAGCUCUACCGGACACUUCCAGCCGCUGGGACAAAGUCGUCAUCCUCAAGGGGAUGUUCACAUUGGAAGAGCUGAAGGAUGAUCCACACGCAACAUCCGACAUCAAAGCAGACGUUACCGAAGAAGCCGAGAAGUUCGGCACCGUCUCGAGCGUAACACUCUACGACAAAGAGGAAGCUGGCGUUAUGACUGUUCGCUUCACCGAUGCUAGGGCCGCUCGCGCGUGUAUCGAUGUCUUCGACGGUCGCAAGUACGCUGGGACGAAAGUUCAGGCAUACACCGCCGACGGCACGGAGCGUUUCAAGAAAAGCUCUCAGCGUGAGGUCGACGAGGCUGGAGAGGCGGAGAGGUUGGAGCGGUUCACCCGCGACUUGGAGGAAGAGGCCUAG